AUGGCUCUCAAUUUGGAACCCGACAAUGUGGGAAUUGUCGUGUUCGGUAACGACAGAUUUAUUAAGGAAGGUGACACAGUUAAGCGCACAGGACAAAUCGUUGAUGUGCCAGUUGGACCGGGCCUAUUAGGUCGUGUGGUGGAUGCUCUUGGUGAACCGAUUGACGGUAAAGGGCCAUUGGAAGUCAAGGAACGAAGGCGUGUUCAAGUGAAGGCCCCUGGCAUCUUGCCUCGUCGUUCCGUUCAUGAACCUAUGCAGACCGGUAUUAAAUCGGUUGACGCCAUGGUACCCAUCGGUCGCGGUCAGCGAGAAUUGAUCAUUGGAGAUCGUCAAACUGGGAAAACUGCUGUUGCACUUGACACCAUCUUAAACCAAAAGCGAUGGAACGAUGGAAACGAUGAAAGCAAGAAACUAUAUUGUAUAUAUGUUGCCGUUGGUCAGAAACGUUCCACCGUUGCCCAAUUGGUUCAGACUUUGGAGGAGAACGAUGCAUUGAAAUAUACUACGAUUGUCGCCGCCACCGCUUCUGAAGCUGCACCACUCCAAUAUUUGGCACCGUUCUCCGGUUGUGCGAUCAGUGAAUGGUUCAGAGAUAACGGGAAACAUGCUUUGAUUAUUUAUGAUGAUUUGUCAAAGCAGGCUGUUGCUUACCGUCAAAUGUCAUUAUUACUUCGACGUCCUCCGGGUCGUGAAGCUUAUCCCGGUGAUGUCUUCUACCUUCACUCUCGACUGCUGGAACGUGCCGCCAAGUUAAACGAGAAUUUCGGUGCCGGGUCUUUGACUGCGUUACCAAUUAUUGAAACCCAGGGUGGCGAUGUGUCCGCUUAUAUCCCCACUAAUGUCAUCUCUAUUACUGAUGGACAAAUUUUCUUGGAAUCGGAGCUGUUCUUCAAAGGUGUACGGCCGGCCAUCAACGUAAGUCGAGUGGGUAGUGCUGCUCAAACAAAGGCCAUGAAACAAGUCGCUGGUUCUCUGAAACUUUUCUUGGCACAAUACCGUGAAGUUGCCGCGUUCGCGCAAUUCGGUUCAGAUUUGGACGCCUCUACGCGUUUCUUGUUAAACCGUGGUGAAAGGUUAACCGAACUUCUUAAGCAACCCCAAUAUAGACCAGUUCCCAUAGAACAUCAAGUGCCCAUAGUAUUUGCCGGCGUUAAUGGAUUUUUGGAUAAGGUAGAUCCCAAACGGGUUACAGAAUUUGAAGCUUCGGUCAUUCCCUAUUUGGUAUCCAAUCACUCCAAUGUAUUGGAGAACAUCAAGAAGGAGGGCGUCAUCUCCGAGGAAACAGACAAAAAAAUUGCGUGA